GUACUUACCCCUUAAAAGUAUUUUAUUCCCCUCAAUUUUCUUCGUCAGUUUCCGGUCUAUUGCAACGUAUUUUACCGAAGAAGGAUAAUGUAUUGACUUGACUUGCCUUGUAAAUUUAUUUGCGAGUCAAAUCAAUUAUAGGAAUCCCAGGACAAGAAAUUUUUUAAGUUUAUCAGAUUUAGUCUCAAAAUUUCUUGUUUGAUUGUUUUUUUUUUUAGCUCUUCAUUGGUGAGGAAUUCAUGGCUGAGGCAGUGGUGGGAGGACCAAUUCUCUCUGCUUUUCUUGAUGUCUUGAUAAAGAAUAUUGCUUCUCAGGAGUUUGUGGAUUUCAUCAAAGGAAGAAGGAUUAGUGAGAGUCGCUUGAAGAAAUUGAAGACAAUAAUGUUGUCUGUUAAUGGAGUGCUGGAUGAUGCAGAAGAGAAGCAGAUUACUGAUCCAGGUGUAAGAGAGUGGCUUGAUGCUCUUAAAGAUGCUAUCUAUGAAGCUGAUGAUUUGUUGGAUGAGAUUUCGUACAAAGCUUUCCGGUUAAAGAUUGAAGCUGGAUAUCGAACUCAUGGAGAUAAGGUGAGGAGCUUUUUCUCUUAUGUUAAUCCUUUUAAAAAGGGGAUGAAAGAUAAAUUAGAUGAUAUUCUUGAAAUGCUUGAAAUUUUAGUGAAGCAAAAGGAGUUUCUUGGUUUAAGAAAGGGUAUUGAAGAGAAACCAUUUUUACAGAGAAUACUUACUACUUCUCUAAUUGAUGAGUCUGGUGUUUAUGGUAGGGAUGAUGAUAAGGAAGCUCUAAUAAAGAUGUUGUUGCGUGAUGACGCAAAUGGGAAUGACCUUGGUGUGAUACCCAUUGUGGGCAUGGGAGGGGUUGGUAAAACAACCCUUGCUCAGUUUGUAUACAAUGACAGCAGAGUGCAAGAAUGGUUUGGAGUCAGAGUAUGGGUUUGUGUUUCAGAAGAAUUUGAUGUUUUUAAGAUAACAAAAGAUAUCCUUAAGGAGGUUACUUCAUUGACUUGUGAUACCCAGACCCCAAAUCAGCUCCAACUCGAGUUGAAGGAAAGAUUAAUGGGGAAAAGAUUUUUGCUUGUUUUAGAUGAUGUUUGGAAAUGUAAGUAUACUGAUUGGGAAAUUUUGCAGAUACCUUUUAAGUUUGGGGCACAAGGAAGUAAAAUUGUUAUUACAACACGGGAUGCCAAUGUAGCAUCAACCAUGCGUACUGUUCCAACCCAUUAUCUAAAGGAAUUAACUGAUAAUGACUGUUGGUCCUUACUUGCUAAACAUGCAUUUGAUGUUAGAAAUUCUAGCAUACACCCGGAUUUGGAAGAAAUUGGUAGAAAAAUAGUUAAGAAGUGCAAAGGCUUACCAUUAGCUGCAAAAAUACUAGGGGGUCUUCUACGCUCCAACAGAAAUGUUGAGGAAUGGGAGAAGAUAUUGAAAAGCAGCUUGUGGAAUACAUCAAAUGACAUACUUCCAGCUUUAAGAUUGAGCUAUCAUUAUCUACCAUCGCAUCUAAAACGAUGUUUUGCUUAUUGUGCAAUAUUUCCUAAGGAUUAUGAAUUUGAAAAAGAAGAAUUAAUCCUUUUAUGGAUGGCAGAGGGUUUCUUGGUUCAUUCCUUUGUACAUAAGGAGAUGGAAGAAGUGGGCGAUGAUUACUUUCAAGAACUUGUAUCAAGGUCUUUUUUUCAAAGAUCAAGUGACUACCGCUCAUGCUUCAUUAUGCACGACCUAAUAAAUGACUUGGCCAAAAAUGUAUCUAGAGAAUUUUGCUCUAGGUUGGAGGGUGAAGAUUCAUGCAAGAUUACUAAAAAGACUCGCCAUUUAUCAUAUGUGAGAGCAGAAGAUGAUAGCAGUAAGAAAUUUGAGGGCAUAUAUGAAGCGCAGCUUUUGCGUACCUUCCUUCUUGUAGAGUGGUCAUGCAUUGAUAAUGAGGUAAUAAAUGAUUUAUUGCUGAAAUUUAGGAAACUACGAGUACUAUCCCUAUCUCAGUAUCGUAGUGUAGCUGCAUUACCCAAAUCAAUUGGCUACUUGAAGCAUUUACGAUAUCUAAAUCUUUCUACGGCAUCAAUAAAAAGCUUACCUGAAAUUGUGAGUAUUUUGUAUAAUUUGCAAACACUAAUCUUGCAUGAGUGCACAAAUCUUGCUGUUUUACCUGACUCAAUUGGAAACUUGAAGCAUUUGCGUCACUUGGAUCUCUCUGGAACAUCGAUCAUAAGUUUACCUGAAUCGAUAUGUGGCUUGUGCGAUUUGAGAACAUUAAUAUUGUGUCAGUGCAAAGAUCUCAUUGAGUUGCCAACCCAAAUGGCAAGGUUAAUCAACUUGCGUCAUCUUGAUAUUGGAGGAACAAAAUUGCAAGAGAUGCCACCGCGAAUGGGUGAGUUAAAAAAUCUCCAUUUGUUAACAUGUUUAAUUAUUAGCAAACACGGUGGAUCUAACAUUAAAGAGUUGGGUGAGCUUCAGCAUCUACGAGGAAAACUUUGUAUUUGGAAUCUCGAAAACAUUGUGGAUGCUGAAGAUGCUUGCACAGCCAAUUUGAAUGGUAAGAGGCACCUUAAGGAGUUGGAAUUGAUGUGGAACAGUGGUACUGAUAAUUCAGUACAUCAGAAAGGUGUGCUUGAGCAAUUACAACCCCAUGCAAAUAUUGAAUGUCUUUCAAUAGUUGGUUAUAGGGGUGAAGGAUUUCCUGAUUGGUUAGGAGAUUCAUCUUUCUCAAAUAUUGUAUUCCUGAAGCUUAGUGGAUGCAAAUACUGUUUUUCUUUACCACCACUUGGGCAAUUAGCAUCUCUAAAAGACCUCUCAAUCACAGACUUCGAUGGAAUUGUGGAUGUUGGUCCUGAGUUCUAUGGAAAUUGCACAUCCAUGAAGAAGCCAUUUGGAUCCCUCAAAAUCUUGAAGUUUGAAAGCAUGCCACAAUGGCAUAAAUGGAUUUCUUCUGUUGACAAAGAUGAAUAUAGAGCUUUCCCUCUCCUCCAAGAGCUUCACAUUAGAGAAUGUCCCAACCUAGCAACAUCCUUGCCUACUCACCUUCCUUCUUUAACAACACUUGAGAUUGAGGGAUGCCUGCAGCUUGUAGCUUCUCUUCCAAGAGCUCCAGCAAUCCUUAAAAUGAAGUUGAAGGAUGAAUCUCGUGAUGUGCUAUUAAAGCAAUUGCCUUCUGGGCUACAUAGUCUUACAAUUGAUAGAUUCUACUGUCUAGAUUCAAUAAUAGAUCUAGUGGGCAGUUUUUCCAGAACUCUAGAAGAAAUUGAUAUUAGAAACCAUGAUUCACUCAAGUGCUUCCCACUAGAGUUGUUCCCAAAGUUAAAGAGGUUCCGCAUCACAAGAUGUUCUUUCCUUGAGUCCCUUUGUACAACUGAGGCAACUCGUGAGAAUUUUGCAUCUCUCAAUUCCUUGGAGAUAAGGGAAUGUCCUAAUUUAGUAUCUUUUCUCAAAGGAAGAUUACCUGCCCCAAAUUUGGUGCGGCUUCUGUUGCUGGGUUGCUCAAAUGUGGAAUCCUUCCCUGAAAAGAUGCUCCUGCCUUCCUCGCUUACAUCUCUUAAAAUUUGGGAUUUCCAAAACCUGAAAUGUCUAGACUACAAUGGACUUCAACAUCUCAACUCUCUAAGGGAAUUGGAGAUUUGCAACUGUCCUAAGCUUCAGUCCAUCCCAGAAGAGCUGCCAUCAUCGCUUUCGUCUUUGUCUGUCUAUUUAUGUCCUCUGCUGGAACGGAGGUGUCAACGGGAGACAGGAGAAGAUUGGCACAAGAUUUCUAACAUCCCCCAUGUAAAAGUUAAUCUGCACAAGAUCAAUUGAGCCAGAGAACAAGACAAAUCUGAUUUUGUGUUCAUUCAACAUGCUGAGAGGCUCUUGAUCCAAUUUCUUUCUGUCCAUUUGGAUCUCCUAAUUUGAUCUGUAUCAACUGCCAAUCCUAAUUUGAUGGUCUACUCUGAGAAAAGAAACUAUAAUGUUGGUGCAGAAAAGCUGAGUUAUUCAAAUGCCAGAUGGAAUGGCUUCCCAUGUGACAAAAGAAAAAAGUGUCUCGUGUUGUCUCUCCUAGUUAUUGUGCGGAUUUGCUAGGCGGUCGAGUAGUUUGCAGUGAAAUUGAUUCUAUCUUUUGAAGUACUUGUCUAAUCAAUUGGCAUGAAGCAGUUCCGAUGGUUCUUGUUCCUUGCAGCAUGACCAAUAAUUUUUCCUGUUUUUAUUGUCAUUAUCUAUUUAUUUUUUAAAUAAACCAAUUUCUCAGUAUGAGUGUCAAAUAAAUUUUGAUUUACCUGAAAGUAUUUGUUGAAGUCCUGAUUAUACUGAAUAGGGUUUGACCCUUUUAUAGUAGCUAUUGGUUACUUUGCCCCUUCAAGAAUAGUUUUUACAUGCACAAGUAUGAAAGGAUACACAUACUUUUCUAAAUAUUUAAAUUCAUUUAUUUGAAUUUCUUCUUCUGUACUCUUGACACUCCGGAUAGGGGUCCGUGCUCUUGGCUUUUCCAUGUCAAAGUAUCCCUCAUAUACUGAAUAGGGUUGAAGUCCUGAUUAUACUGAAUAGGGUUUGACCCUUUUAUAGUAGCUAUUGGUUACUUUGCCCCUUCAAGAAUAGUUUUUACAUGCACAAGUAUGAAAGGAUACACAUACUUUUCUAAAUAUUUAAAUUCAUUUAUUUGAAUUUCUUCUUCUGUACUCUUGACACUCCGGAUAGGGGUCCGUGCUCUUGGCUUUUCCAUGUCAAAGUAUCCCUCAUAUACUGAAUAGGGUUGAAGUCCUGAUUAUACUGAAUAGGGUUUGACCCUUUUAUAGUAGCUAUUGGUUACUUUGCCCCUUCAAGAAUAGUUUUUACAUGCACAAGUAUGAAAGGAUACACAUACUUUU